GACUCGACGGGCUGCCACCGUAGUCUGGGGAAUCAGAAAUGGCGUUCCUACAAGCAUGUUGUACUCUGAUCGUCAAUAUCUUGUGCCUUCCCCUCCACCUGCUGCAAGCGGCGGGCCUGUACGACAUAUACAAACGUGUCUUUCCAAUUAUUUUGAACCGGACUUCUAUACAUUACAACAAGAACAUGUACGACAAGAAGAAGGAGCUGUUUCGCAGUCUCUCCGAGUUCAACAAGUCUGGCGGGCAGCUCACAAUUUUGGAGAUCGGCACCGGCACCGGCACCAAUUUUGAGUUUUAUCCGCCCGGUUGCAAAGUAAUCUGCACUGACCCGAAUCCUCAUUUCCAGAGAUAUCUCAACAAAAGCAUGGGCGAGAACGACCAGCUCUCAUACGAGAGGUUUAUGGUGUCUUCGGGGGAGGACAUGGGGUCAGUUGAGAGCGGAUCCGUCGACGUCGUUGUCUGCACCCUGGUACUCUGCUCGGUCAACAGCAUCCCGCAAACUCUGCGAGAAGUCCGCCGCAUGCUGAGACCAGGUGGAGCCUUCUUUUUCCUGGAGCAUGUCGUGGCCGAUCCUUCCACUUGGUCAUACUUCUUCCAGCACGUACUUCAGCCUUUUUGGUUCUACUUUGGGGAUGGAUGUGAGAUCAUCCGGGAAACCUGGAAACAUCUUGAAGGAGCUGGAUUCUCUGAACUCAAGCUGAGACACAUCAAUGCACCAUUGCUGUUCCUAAUCAAACCACAUAUUGUAGGGUAUGCUGUCAAAUAAAUGAUUAUUGCAUAAGUAUAAGCAAAUCACUUAAAGCCUCUCCUCUUUUGUGUGAUAUGAUUGAUCAGCACCAGUGAGAAAUAACGCCAAUCACUCUAAUAAUAACUUUAUUUUUGUAUGGGAAAACCCCUAGUCUUCGUGUUUUGUAAAGCCACAUUAUUUACUAAAUCAUUAAAUAGACAGCAUACAGUACUCAUUUCAUAUGCAGUUCAAGGCAUGUUUGAUGUUCUUUUUGUCUUUUCCCAUCUCCAAAACUGAUAAAUCAAUGAUACAGCCAUCUAUCCUUCAGUAUGUGUGCUACUGCUGGAUUCAUUUGCCUUUUAAGACAUGACUAAAAAUCUAUGUUUUUGCUGUUAUCAAACUAAUUGCGUUGUGUCUUAAUGUUGACGAUUAAAGAAUUUGAUCACGA